CACACUACUUCACUUUGUUUAAUUAAUGCGACGUUAUUAAUGAAAAGCAGCGGGCCACAUGAUCAUCCACGCCUUCCUCCUCCCUGUUCUUGAUAAUAAUUCAUAAUUCGUGCAUAAUAAUGAGGUGUGGGAGUCGUGUUUUCAUGCAGUCUGGCUGCUCAUAGCCUCAAAGCAACAUUAAGUUCGAGUUAGUCGCUCCUCACCGAGUCAUCAGCGCUGCAGGCUGCAUGAGAGGCGGAUAAUGCGCCGUGCCAGGAUCUGGAUUCGACCGAGAUCAGAGUAGAGCAGCAGGAGAAGAGGAGGACCGGAGCCUUCGCAGGCCAAAAUACAUCUAUAAAAGCUGAUGACAGAAGAGGGCUGAACGUUUGUGAAGAAACUGCUGCUUCCUUAUUAUUAUUGUCUGGAUGGAUCCCGGACACCUGUACAGAGACCACACCUCUCUGCACCCGAUGAACCAAACAGAAGACUUCAUCCUGCACCAAUGGGCAAUCACCUGGAUUACCGUCACUCUCCGGUACCCUUACUGUCUGACGUUAUACCUGGAGUAGGAGCGGAUUUACCCUCUCAAAAGAUUGGAACCCUUUCCCAAUCAAAGUGACAUCACAGAGAUGAAUUCAAAAGUGAGGAUGCUCAUUUUCGUCCUGUGUGUGACUGGUGUCUGUGUGUUCUGGAGGGAAUACAUGUCACCGUACUCCCUGCCUAAACAAAAACCCUGCGCUUGUGACCAAUGCUUAUCUGAGGAGGGCCCGUGGUUCACACAGCGUUUCGACAAAUCUGUUGAACCAUUUCUGUCAGCGAACUACAGCGUCUCAGAGGAGGCUUUCAACUGGUGGAAGCUUUUACAGGCUGAAAGGCGCAACUUCAGUACCUACAGAAAAACAGUCGAUGGGCUGUUUCAGAUCUUCCCACCUGCUCCAGAUGUUGUAAAAUCCAAGCCUGACCGCUGCAGGACUUGUGCUGUGGUGGGGAAUUCUGGUAAUUUAAGGAGAUCACAUUAUGGACUUCUCAUAGACUACCACGACAUCAUCAUACGAAUGAACUCUGCCCAUACCAAAGGCUUUGAAACAGACGUUGGGAGCAGAACAACUCAUCGCAUCAUGUAUCCAGAGAGUGCUGUGGAUUUAGACAACACCACUCAUCUGGUGCUUGUUCCGUUCAAGAUACAGGAUCUGGAGUGGGCCACGAAGGCCUUAACCACAGGAUUUUCUGGACGAUCAUACGCGCCAGUGAAAUCCAAAAUCAAGGCUAACAAGGAUUUGGUGAUGGUGGUCAAUCCAGCUUUCAUGAGGUAUGUUCAUGACAUGUGGCUGGCAAAGAAGGGCAGGUAUCCAUCCACUGGCUUUAUGGCUGUGGUUCUUGCUCUGCAUAUUUGUGACGAGGUCAGUGUGUUCGGUUAUGGAGCGGACAGUGAUGGAAACUGGAGUCAUUACUGGGAAAAACUCAAAUACAAAAAUUUAAAAACUGGCAUUCAUCCCGGAAGUCACGAGUAUGGAAUUAUCGAGGAGCUAGCUGAGCAAGGAAAAGUCAGAUUUUAUAAAGGGUGGUGAUCUACCUCUCAGCGUUUAAGACAUCAAAGCCUUGACAGUGAAUCAUUUACAAAGCAAAACAGGACUAAGAAGGGUAAGCCUUAAAACUCAGGAGACAUCUCUUCUCUGGCUGCACACAAGAACCCUUCAUAGACUACAUGUGUGAUGAAUGUGACUGAUCCUGUCGACGGUGUUUUGUGCUGAGAUGUUUUCACUGUUUAUUUAUUCUCACUUUGUGAUGCUGGACACUGAAAUGCACAGCAUAAAUCAACAGGUUCUUCAGGCCAAAAAAUGCUUGAAUUGAAAUUUAAACAUGGUAGCAUGUUUCAGUGCAUAGAGCAUUGUGUUUUUUUCUUGCAAUGGCAGCUCCAACAGGGGAGUGUAGCAGGGGGCAUGAAAAAAUGAUUAAUGAAUGAAAAAUAAAAAUGCAAAAUGAAUAAUGAUUGGAGGCCACCAUUAGUGUCUUCAAGAGCCUGUUGCGCACUUAAGCUAACAUUAAGGUGAUGGGAUACUGUGAAGCUAGACAGCCUGAGGCGUCUGUUGGCACCAAGCAUGUCAUGCUAGCUUGUCAGGAAGGGGGCUAAAUAACGCUCCAAAGUUUGGCUAAAUUUUGGGAAUGACUUGCACGUCCAUUUUCAAAAGGGUCCCCUUAGCUCUCAUCUCAAGAUCUCUCAACCUGCUCUCAUCCCAACUCAUCAAAUGUCGCAACUUAGUCAGUGGACUUUCAUGUUUACAUAUGAUGCACUAGGUAUCCUCCUACAUGUGUCUUUUCAAAAUACACUCCUGAUUUCACAGGAAAUGUAGAAUAUUUGCUUGUUAGCUGCCUACAGUCUUUUUCAAAAUAAACUUACAGUGUUGGUUAAAGGGAUAGUGC